AUGGAAGCGGAUUCUUGUAAACUCUCCAACCUUAUCAAGUUCUGCGAAGGGAAAGGUAUUCGCCUUUUCCAGAGCUCAAAAGAAAUGAGGACCAUCUAUAAAAAAGGGGACAAAGGCGAAAAGAUUGGCUCAGGGACACUCGGGCAGUGUUUUCGCGUGUCUGGUGAUACAACAGAUUAUGUUAUUAAAAUUUGCCAAGGAGAAAAUAUCUACGCUCAUAUAUAUGACGAGAUUAAGCACUUAGAAAAGGUGCAAGAUAUCCCAGGAACUCAAAAGCUAGUGGGAGCUUAUUUGGAAAAAACACUGAUUAUGACUGAGUAUGCAGGCGAACCGUUAGACCAAUACAUCAACAAACAUAACCUAGGUUUGGAUAAACUGGAAUCCAUUAUAUUACAACUGGCGAAAAUCACAGAACAGAUGAUAUCACGAGGGUUGGCUCACAACGAUAUCAAAGCUGACAAUAUCUGCAUUAUAACCAAAGAAGACGACGUUAAGGUUACGUUAAUUGAUUUUGGAUUAGGAACCAAACUCGGUGAAAAAGUUUAUAAAUCUUCCAUACCCUUAGAAAAAAUACGCCAACUAUUUUGGAUGGCGCCAGAAGUCGUUAGGGGAGGGAAAGUUAGUGAAAAUUCCGACAUAUACAGUUUGGCAAAAUUAUUCAAUUUCAUCAAAGGCGAAAAUAAACUACCAGCACAUAUAAAAAGGUGGAUUGCAGACGCAGAAAAUGAGGACCCUGAUAUGAGGCCUACCUUGGAAAGAUUAAUUUCUCGUAUAACAAAAAAUCAAAACACCAAUGAAAAGGUUCCGUCCCUAAAGAGAAAACAAGAGCCAGAAAAGGACACACCCUCCAAAAAAAUCUGUAAGUGA